CCACAAUCUCAAAUAUUUUACGAACCAACUGCAGCGACCACAUAUGACGUCCGGCCGAACUGCAGCGAUCUUCGGCUUUCCUUGGCCUUCUCCGUCGGACGAACAACAAUCUCAAAAAGAGGACGAUCUACCGCUUUCCUUUGCCUUCUUUGUUCACCACUGACGUCGGACGAAUUGCAGCGACCUCUACGACGAUGGCGUAGCAUAUACCUGCGACAGUCGAUUGGGGGAGGCCGAACGUCUGAUUAGGUGGAGCAGACACUUCCAAUUUCAGAAAUCCGGCGACCGGUUGGGGGAGGCUGAAUUGGGGGAGCAGAGACUUUUUGCUCACUUUGAAUUUUAGAAAUCCGGCGACCGAUAGUCUCAGAUUGGGCCAAGGACGGACAUCCUCUUCCACCUCGAGGAGCUAAAGCAAAUCCGCCUCAAAGUCUCCGAACUAAUAAGCCAGAAUAGAUGUCAAUCAUAUUUGGGACACUCUUAUCCCACCAUUUUGGUUGUUCCGUCUCGGCAGUGGUUGCAUGUGCCUAACACCCAAAGCAAACAAAAAGUUGCUCGUGUAUCGGCAGUCACACUUGGACUUGCAUACAGAAACCUUAAAAUGAAGUAUCUCACGCCAUUUUGGCAUGUUGUCAGCUAUAAUCAGAAUAGAGGAAGAUGGGUUGUGGCCUUGUGGCAAUUGCCUGCUAGUGCUGCUAGUUACUUGGGAGGCGAAGAAGCUGGGAGUCUACUAGAAGAAAUUCGACCUAUGCUCACCCACUACCAAGUAGUCACCGGGAAGACAUUCCGAAAGAAAUUGUAGUCAUUAUAUCCACAUAAAUAGCAAAGGCAUCAGUUGUUUAGAAACAACCGAUGCUAAUACUCUUUUUUUAAAUUAAUAAAAUAGCAAAGACAUCGGUUGUUUAGAAACAACCGAUGCCUUUGCUAUUUUUUUUAAAUUAAUAAAAUAGCAAAGGCAUCGGUUGUUUAGAAACAACCGAUGCCUUUUCUAUUUUUUUAAAUUAAUUAAAUAGCAAAUGCAUCGGUUGUUUAGAAACAAUAGAUGCUAAUACUCUUUUUUUUAAAUUAAUAAAAUAGCAAAGGCAUCAGUUGUUUCCAAAGCGAUGCAAUUGAAUUGGACCAAUUGCAUCGCUUGUAUUUACAUCGGUACAAAACGGAUGCUAAAAGUAUAUAACAACUGGUGCCUUUGCCCUUUUAUGUACUAGUGAGGUGCUCUUUGUCUUCUAAAACAUGAGAACAGAGAACAUAAGUUAGAUUAGUGGAUAUGAACCUAUUCAGCCUGGCUUCUCUCCAACCCAGCCAUAGAAAGUGAUGGGGAAUAAUAUGUGGGUGGGCCC